UCUGCUCUGAUUGGACGGCAGUCGAAAAAGGAAGUAAAAACGAAGUUUCGUUAUUCCUCUGCGGAAACCACACAAAACGCAGAGCGUCGCAGCGUGGGACGUCGAACUUGUUAAAUCAAACUUGACAAGUCGUAAAAAAACCUGCGAGGAGACACGGAAGAUGUAACGAGUUAAGUUUCCAGAUGAGCCGAGGAGAGUAAUUCAAUAGGUCUGCACGCGCUUCCUGGUCCAGUUGGACUCGAGACAGAGAAAUAAAAAGUCCUCGUGGCCAAUUCACGCAGAACAAACAACGAGCAGACAUGGAUCACACAGCACCCCCGGACACACACCAAAACAAGGGCACCGUGGUGCGGCACAGGGAACACAGCGAGUCUGAGUCUGUCGACAAGAGGCCCGCUGACGCCUCUGCACCUUCCGAUCAGGAUGAGAGCAGGCCAAUCAGAAGAGUACGAAGUCCAUCCAGACCGAGGGCAUGGUUAUCCAGUUCUUACAAACCAAAGUUUGGAGGGCGAAUUCACAGGCCGCGGGAUGACCACUCGUUCUACAAACCUGGCUUCAGCAACCACAGGUACCACCACUUCAAUCACCGGGGUUACUUCCACCGGAGAGAUUACUUCCAUCCUAAGCUUCACCACAUCACACUGAGGGAGAGGGAACGAGAGAAGGAGAAGGAACGGUAUGAGCAGAGAGAGAGCGCUGAUGGGAGUUCACCUCCGAAACAAAGCAACACUACUAGAGCUUUCUUACCAAGGUCCACCUCCAGCAGAGACAAGGACAUGCAGUUCACCGUUUGUCAGACCGACAGGAAUCAUAGCAGGGAGCGAGAUCACAGGGGGACCAAAAGUAAAGAAAGAGAACGAAGCAGAGACAGGGAGCUCCCUUCAACCGCGAGCCAGACGGUGGCACGAGACAGAGCCAUCCAACACAAGAGGAGAGAGAUAGAUGAGGUGUACUAUCAAGAAUGUGAAAUGUUUGGCCUUGUGGCGAAGAUGCUUAUAGCAAAGGAUCAGUCCCUGGAGCGUCCCAUUCAGGCCUCGCUGCAGGAGAACCUCAGGGACAUCGGCAAGCGCUGCGUGGAGGCCAUGGAAAAAUUUAUAGAGGACUACGACUCCAGGGAGCUGUCUCACUAAUCAGACUCAUCAUGCCUGUCUUCCUAGCUAAACAUGUUUAUUUCAGGUGAUUAAAUGCUGAUUUUGUUUUGUGUUAGUAAAAGUAAGAAGCUCGUACGUUUUUGCCUGGACCAACUGGACAAAGUGCCCCUUGUGUGUUCUGCCUUAUGGUGAGCACUGAGCAACGGCGAUUAAAAUAAAAAUGAAAGGGAAACUUUGAUUUGAUGCUGCUUCUAAUGUAGAGACUAAUGCUGAUGAUACAGUAAUACACUGGGCUGCAUUGCUUGUAAAGAAGCCAGAAAUAUAUUUUGUCACCCGACUGACAUGCUUAAUUUAUAAUCAUUUGCCUUUCAAUACUUUAAUGUUGUUUAUACCAUAUUAAACAUGAAGUGAGUUAAAACAAA